AUGACCACGGCGGUCUCAACGUUCAGCGAGCUAUCGAGCCUUUCAGACGUCUUCUCUGGCUCGCUGCUCGCGUCGAGCCCAUCCAAUCUUGAUUUUCUUGCCGAACUACCCACCAAUGCGCUCUCAGACUUGCUCUCAACGCCAACUGCGCUCACGACGCAAUCUCAUACGUUGACUUCUUCACUCACUGCUUUGACACAUACAUCUUAUCCGACCUUUCUCUCCCUUCACCACACGUCAACAGCGCUUCUGACAUCACUCUCUUCAUUCGACACGUCACUAAAUUCUCUUAUCAACACCGCUCUACCAGCUCUCGAUGAUGCUGCACGCGUUUUUCGCGAGAAGACUGGUCCAGAGGUUAUCGAGGGAAGGCAGAAGGCACGCAUUGUAUUGGAGCAGCACGACAAACUGCGUGACUUGCUUGAUAUUCCGGUUCUCAUCGACACAUGCGUCCGCAACGGGCUCUAUGCAGAAGCUCUUUCACUGGCUGCCCACGCGUCAUCUGCAUUGUCCUCUCUAGUCGCUCAAACUAGGAAGAAUCUCAGCAAUGACGAAGAAGCUACGCAGGGUUUGCCGUUUCAACUUGCGGAUUCCUUACAAGCUGAGAUAGCUUCCUCGCUGCAUUCCAUGCAGCUCAUCCUCCUGAACACAUUAUAUGAACCCGCUCGCAAGCUACCAGCGUUCUGGAAAGCAGUACAAUUUCUUCGUCGAAUGAAGGCGAUGCACGAGGACGAACUAGCGCUCGUGUUCAUAAGCGCUCGAAUUGGAUGCCUUCGUGAUGCGUUGGAUGGCAUUGAAAGGGAUGCUGGCAUACCUUCGAAUGUUGGAAGUCUGGAGUUCAAGUUCCCAGCUGGAAGCACUGUAGAGGAAAGAGAGCGGGAGAUUGAUAGGGAGGCUGAUGACGUCGCCCGGUUCUUAAAGAAGUACAUUGAUAUUUGGAGGGAAGGCGCGUACGAUCUUGUCACGCAAUAUGCAACGAUAUUCCUCGACCGUUCGCAUGCUGGAGCACGGAUAGCACCACCUGCGGAUCAGGAUGCCGAGGCAUCCUCUUAUAUCAUCCGACAAACGUUGCCUUCGACACUUCUGGAGCUGCUCCUUCCGACUCUCCGAUCGUACCUUGAACGUGCUUAUCCCCACCUCGCACCUCUUGCGACACAGCUUGCCUAUUGUAGUUCUGCUCUAGCACGCGUAGGGAUGGAUUUUCGUGCGCUACUAUCACCACUGAUUUCACGAUCAGUUAUCAGCGGGUUUGCACGAGACGUACGAUUUGGUGUGGAGUAUGAGUGGUCUGGGGUGCUCGCUAAGCAUGUCACGAGCAGACCUACGCCCUCUGCUCCUUCCAUUUGGCUGGUAGCUACACCUAAUAGUGUGCCUGCGUUCAAGACGUUCGUUCUCUCGCCAUCCAAUGCUUCGCAUUCUCCGCCGCAAGUGCUAACUGCCCUCCCGCCACUUGCGAAAAUGUUGAACGCAUAUAUCCGUGCGCUAAACAGGUUACGCAUGCUUGCGCCUGUUGAUGCUUUAUCAGGCAUCGUGGAUGGUGCAGAAGAAUGUCUUGCAAAUGCAGGCCAUGGUCUACUACAAUAUGCCAAAGACUGGCGAGGCGGGGAUGCGAAGGAGAUACAGAUUCUACAAGCAGCUGGGGCGGCAUAUACCCGAGUUCUUGUUCCUUGGCUGCAGCGUGCUAUUGUGGAGGGUGUUUUCAGCGCCUCACUCAAGGACCGUCAAUUUGCCGCUGAUGGAGCUGGAGAUCCUGAUGCAAGCGAAGGAAGUGAACGUGAGUUAUCCUUCAUAGUUAGAGAGUGGGAGAGCUGGCUAGGCUCCACAGGAAUAUAA